ACAGUUUCUUGUAUUUUAUUCUGAUAGAAAAAUGAUCUACUUCCUGUUUUUGUAGGACUAACUUUAGCUUGGUAAACUCUACUAACACUACUGUUUACUUCCUGAGUCAAAGGUCAAGCAUAUACUCUUGUUUAUCAGGCUGAUUUAUUAUUUACUUAGAAACAGUUUAAAAUACGUGAGUGAGCCAGUAAGAUGUCAUCUGAUAAACUUAUUGGCCCUGCUUUACCCCCGGGGUUUAGCAAGGAGAGCUCUGAAGACGACGACGAGGAAACAGGCUUCGCUGGUCCUGCUCUGCCUCCUGGUUAUAAACGUGGAGAACCGUCGAGCUCCUCGGAUGAGAGUGAGCCGGAGGUGGCGGUGAAACGAGCCAGGACAACUGGAAACAGACCUGCACAGGGGAACAAGGAUGAUGAUGAUGGUUUCUUUGGACCAGCUCUGCCCCCAGGAUUUAAAAAACAACAGAGUUCACCAGAAAAGCCACCUGUGCUUGGACCGGCUUUGCCCCCUGGGUUUAACAAAGCAACAUAUGAUAAUGAUGAUGGCAGUGAUGGAGAAGAUGAAGAGGAUUUCCAAGGUCCAGCCCUACCCCCAGGCUACCGUGCUGAUUCCUCCAGCAGUGAGGGAGAGGAUGAGGAUGUGAUUGGACCAAUGCCAGCCAAAGGACCAGUUCAAGACAGUGUGGCUCAUGAUUUUGAACGAAGAGCACAAAUGAUGAAAGAGAAGCUGACAGGAGAUGAUGCUCCUCAGGUGCUAACCAGAGAAACGUGGAUGAUGGAGCUCCCACCAGAGUUACAGCACAUUGGCUUGGGGGCUCGAACUUUCAAGAAGAGAUCCGGUCCAGAAAACAAGGAUCGCUCCAUUUGGACAGAUACACCAGCCGAUAGGGAGCGGAAGGCCAGGGAACGCCUUGAAGGAAAAAAAAGGGGUGAAGUGGAGAAAGCUGAUGUCCCACAAGUUUCCAGGAAGGACUUGGAAAUGGCAGACAAAGUGUCUAAAUAUAAUGAAUCCAAACGCGCUGAGUCCCUCAUGACUUUGCACACAAAGAAGAUGAAAGAAAAAGCAAAGGAGAAAGCAGACACACCAGUGGAGAGGAGGCCGUUUGAUCGUGAUGAAGACCUGCAGGUUAAUCGCUUUGAUGAAGCUCAGAAGCAGCGACUGCUAAAGAAGUCUCAGGAACUGAACACACGGUUCUCCCACAGCAAAGACCGAAUGUUCCUGUAACAUGUCAAAAUGAAACAGAUCCAUUAGAAUGCAGGCUUCCACUUCCACAGAUAAACUUUUUUACGUGGUUUGUACAAUAUAGAUUGUCUCUACAGAUUUAUUUGUUUGUGAGGUUCAUUAGACCGGACAGAAUUGAUAUUAGAGACAUGGAAGAUAUCCACUUAUGUAAAUUUGAAUCACUGAAAUGCUAUAAAACCUAUUUUAACUGAUUCAAAAGCAGCUAUUAGAAUGUUUUUUUUUUUUGUUUGUUUUUUUUUGUUUUUUGUUUGUUUUUAUCCAGGAAGUAUUGUAUUAGAACUGAUUAUUCUAUUAGAAUUCUGAUUAUUCUAACAAAACAAAUGUUUUUCAGAAAUUGUUUUACAGUAAAUCAGGCAGAGUGCACUGUUUGUAAAUACCCACCACAGCAAUGGCAUAAUAGUUGAUUUUAGUAUGUACAAUAUUCAUCCUGUGAUAUUGGAGGUAAUUUUUAUUUGAUAUGCUGAUUCUAAAAUCCAGAAGAAAAAGUCAGGCUUUAACUCUCACUGUUGUUAAUCCUACAGUUAGUGAGAAAUACAAAUUUGCCCAAGUCUAAACAUGUAUAAUCUGAAAGGAAGAGGGGAAACAUUAACCUGUCACGUUAAACCAUGCAUUAUUUCAUAGUAUGACAUUAUGGAUAUUGAAUAUUAUGACUUUUUUUCUUUAAACCCAAUCAAUUUCUUGAUUUCACAUAAUGAAUGACAACAGGUAUUUGUUACUCAGAACUCCAAGCUUGUAUUUUUGUAAACCGAUUUUUCGUUAUAGCUUGUAUUUUGUGCAGAUUGCUGUAAAAGAUGUUGUUUUGA